GCUGGCUGAAACGAACGCUGCCUUCUGGUGCUGAAGCUUCGCUUUAAGAUGAAGCGACUCAAGACGGCAUUGCGCCUGUUGGUAAUAGGAGUGUUGAUUAAUUUUUGUCAAGGAAUUCUUAUCAUCGGUCCAAACUUUGUCCGGUCGGGUCAAAACUAUACCCUGAUUGUGAGCAAUUUUGAAGCAAGUAAGAACGAGCUGAGUGUGAUCGUCCAGCUCGAUGGCACAUCAACCACCACCGGAGAAAAGCUGCUCCGCCUUAGGAAAUCCGUUCGUUUGCAACCUCUCGCAAACACAGCAAUAAACUUCCCGCUGCCCAAUAAUCUACCGCACGGCAGUUAUAAAAUUGCCAUCGAUGGAGAGAACGGCUUUAAGCUGCACACGGCAGCGGAUUUGAUGCAUCUUAGCAACCCAUUUACGGGCUUCAUACAGCUGAACAAACCCAUCUACAAGCCCGGUGACGCGGUGCAGUUCCGUGCGAUAGUGCUGGACGGGGAGCUGAAACCGCCGGCCGGCACCGAUACCGCCCGCAUCACCGUGCGUGACCCGCAGGGAAACGUCAUUCGCCGGUGGGCCACGGCCAAACUGCACGUGGGCGUGUUCGAGGCGGCGCUGCAGGUCGCCACCGUACCGCUGGUGGGGCGCUACACCAUCACCGUCCACGUUGGGCCACACGCGGUGGCUUACAAAACGUUCGAGGUGCAGGAGUACGCGCUGGCGUUGUUCGAUGUGGAGCUUCGACCGAACGGCAUCCCGCUGGAGAAGGAUCAGCGGCUCGAUCUAACGAUUUUCGCGUGGUAUUACGUGGGGAAACCGGUAAAGGGUGUCGCUACCGUUUCGCUCUACCUGGAAGACGACAAACUCGAUCAACGGAAGACGGUGAACGUGUACGGUAAGGCGCAGGUAGAGCUUCGAUUUAACGAAUACUUGCACGUGUUCGAGGACUCCCAGGAUGUGCGUGUGAACGUCACCUUUACCCAGGACGAAACAGGUAAGUCGAUUACCAAAGAACAACGAAUAGCUGUCUACAAACAUCAGUACCGGGUGGAGCUCGAGAAAGCGCUGCCCGAAUUCCGUGCCGGAGAGCCGCUUGAUUGCGUGCUGCGAUUGCUGUACCGGGACGGACAACCCGCCCGAAGAAUUGCUGCCAGCGUGACGGCGGAAGGAACGGUUGCUGAUUCGGAGACGGUUUACACGAGCGACGACGCGGGUGCGAUUAAACUAACGCUGCAGCCUGACGCAUCCGCACAGCUGAUCGACAUCACCGUAAAAAUCGAUGGUGAGUUGUUGUUUUUCGAGACGAUCAGUAGACGCGACGCGGGAAAAGCAUUCCUGAAACUGGAACUAGCAUCAGAAGUGAAGCUGGGCAAAUCCCUUGACUUGACGGUGACGUGCAACGAAGAGAUGGCCUUCUUCCUCUACUACGUGGUGACGAAAGGAAAGAUCGUAAGUUCUGGCUUCAUUCAGCCCAACGCUGUCACCCCGUACACGCUUCGCAUAGCAUCGACGGACGAUAUGAUGCCGAGGUCUAAAAUUUUUGUUGCGACAGUGGUGAAAAAUGUCGUCCUGUACGAUGUUUUAGAGGCGGACUUUCAGGAUCUCCUUAACAACUUUGACCUUAAAAUUGAUAAAACUAAAGUGAGGCCUGGUGAGGAACUGCAACUCAACAUGAACGGUCGUGGAGGAGCUUACGUGGCACUAGCGGCGUAUGAUAAGAGUCUGCUCCAGUACGGCACGACACACGAUAUUGUGUGGAGCGAUGUUCUUGAGAUCUUCAGCGAGUUCUACACCAAGCGAACGAAUGAUUUCGACUUCUUUCACAGCAUGGCCCUGUUUGCUCGCACCAUGGAACAUAUUCGCUUCGAGGGAGCAAGUGAAAAUUUGUUACGAGAUGGAUGGAUCAUCAGUCGCACAGGAGUUGCGAACAAAUUGGACUCUUUUCGAACCAACUUCGUUGAGUCUUGGUUGUGGAAAACCACGCAACUGGGUGCCGAAGGAAGCGCCACGAUGCAGGAGAUCGUCCCCGACACGACCACCGCUUGGCUGCUAACGGGCUUCUCGGUACAUCCCGUGUAUGGUUUGGGCAUCAUCAAACAACCACUGGAACUGGCUACGGUGCAGAAGUUUUACAUCGUACCACACCUACCGUACUCCAUUAAGCGGGGUGAAAUGGUGGAGUUGCAGUUUAUCAUUUUUAGCAACUUUCCUCAAAAACAUGAAGCAUCGAUUACACUGUACAAUGUUGACAAUCAGACGGAAUUCGUAGGACAACCAGCGGACGACACAAGCCACACGAAGUCGGUUCUAGUAUCGUCAGGCACCGGAGUCGUCGUUUCAUUCCCAGUAAAAGCUCGCAAACUGGGUGAGAUGACUGUGCGAGUGAAGGCUUCAAUCGAUCCUGCUACGGAUACGAUCGAAAGCGUCGUUCGGGUCAUUCCGGAUAGUUUGGUGAAGCGCGAAAUGGUGUCCCGAUUCUUCUGCCACAAUACCUACCACAAUCAAUCUUUCACCAUAAAUCUAGACUUUGACCUGAAGGCAGACCCGGGCCACAAGAAGAUUGACUUCAUUCUUACACCCAACAUUCUCACCUCGGUCAUGGACAACCUGGAGAGUCUGCUGUCCGUACCGACUGGGUGCGGUGAGCAGAACAUGAUGCGGCUCGUACCGAUCGUCCAGGUGCUCGACUACACGACCUCGAUCGGGUCUGCCGACAAACGGCUCACCGAAAAGGCGACGGGACUGCUCAAGGCUGGCUAUCAGAACCAGAUGCGGUUCCGCCAGCCGGACGGAUCUUUUGGGCUUUGGGAGAAAAGUGGUGGCGCUGUGUUUUUGACCGCGUUCGUUGGAAAAACGCUCGCCACGGCUGCCAAGCACAUUGCCGAGAUCGAACCGGACAUGGUGAUGAAAACGUACGAUUGGCUUGCCGCGCGCCAGCACGCCACGGGCCGCUUCGACGAGGUGGGACCCAUUUUCCACAAAGACAUGCAGGGCGGACUGCGCCAGGGAAUAGCGCUAACGUCUUUCGUGCUAAUAUCCUUCCUGGAGCACCCGAAUGCUGCCACCAAGCAUGCGGCAGCCAUUGCGAAAGGCAUCAAGUAUGUGACCGGCGCGUUGGACAAUAUUGAAGAUUCGUACGAUCUGGCCAUCGCCACGUACGCGCUGAUGCUGCAGGGUCACACCGCACGGGACCGAUUUCUAGAGAAACUCAUCGGAAUGUCCUCGGUGCAGCAGAACGGUACGGAGCGAUACUGGCAGCGGAGCGCCAACGGCAUCGAAACGACCGCCUACGCACUGCUGUCCUUCGUGCAGGCGGAAAAGUAUGUCGACGGUACGUCCAUCAUGCGCUGGCUGGUGAAGCAGCGCUACACGCCGGGCAGCUUCCCGCGCACGCAGGACACGUUCGUCGGCCUGAAGGCACUGACCAAGCUGGCGGAAAAGAUUUCACCCGCGCGGAACGAUUACUCCGUACAGCUCGUACACUCCGGGCGGCAGAAGGAGUUUCGCGUCAACUCGCAGGACAUUGGAAAACUUCAGCACGCCGAAGGCGUUGAUGAUUCGCUGCAGCUGCAAAUUAACGUGGCCGGCAUCGGGUUCGGGUUGCUGCAGGUGGCUUACGAGUACAGCGUUGAUUUGCGGAAUUUGGAAAACAGUUUUAAGCUGACGCUGAAACAAUCGCUUUCCAAUGCCGGAAAGCGGCUAGAGCUUGAAGUGUGCUCCAGCUUCAUUCCGAAGCUGUCGGAUGGCCGUUCCAACAUGGCGCUGGUGGAGGUGAACUUCCCGAGCGGCUACACCACCGAGCGGGAACGUAUCAUCGACACCACCAGGUAUAAUCCCAUUCAGAAAAUCGAAAUACGCUUCGGUGGAACGUCUGUGGUCGUGUACUACAACAACAUGGGUACGGAGCGGAACUGUUUUAAGGUUACUGCGUUCCGACGGACGAAGGUGACACUGAAACGUCCGGCUUACGUGCUAGUGCAUGAUUAUUACGAUCCAAAGCUGAGUGCCAUCACCAUGUACCAAGUGGACGAUCACGAUGUGUGUGAUGUUUGUGACGGACAAGACUGCCCAGCACUGUGCCAUUGAGUGGCAACCGAAAGAAGCAACGCUAGAAACAAUUCUUCGAUGUUGAAGUUUCAUUUCGGAGAACUUCAUAAUAAUAAAAAGAGCUUACCACGUUACGGAAUAAUAAAGCAAUAGACCUAUUGCUCAUCGACAGUAGAUGCAUCAUCUUCAUGGAAAUAGCAAAUAGGCA